ACUGAUCUGCCGGUCCCUCCUCCUUGAACACAAACACAACAGGAGGGAGAGGGGCAUCAGUCCUGAUUUGAAGGUUCCUGCUACUAGAAUUCGUUAUUCCCACUUUUGGAACAGCGCUUUUUUGUUGGAUGCUCCCGGGUCCUGAGAUGAAAUUCAGCUUCCGACAGCCCAGAUCGAAUUCUUGCAGCAGAGCCUGAGAGCCAAACCUGAGCUGCUUCUGUCUGGAAGGAUUUCUGCAGGGAAAGCUGAUGCAUUUGCUUGAGAACAUUUUCAAUGGAGACCGAGUUUACUAUUAUCUGCCCAUAUUAUCUGCCUGCUGCUCCUUAAAGUGGAUCAAACACGUGUGACCAUGGAAAGCUGGAAGGAUUAACAACAUUUCAAAGAAGAGACACUUUUGUACCCGAAUUCUGCAGAAUUCACUUGCGCAGCCGGAUAGAGGGUCACAUUCUUCAUUAGACGAUGAUAUGAUUUAACCUAAAGAUGAGCUGCAAGAGAGAGUUGUAACUAUAUCCAACUAUAUACAGGAACUCAAGAAGAAAAAAGCUGACCAAACUACACAACAUGAUACAUUUAUGGCUCAUCCUUGCGGUUAUUAUAUUCAUGCCACAAAAUGUUCUCUCCUGCCCCCAUCCAUGUGCCUGUUACGUCAACUCUGAGGUCCAUUGUACCUUCCGCUCCCUCGCUGCAGUGCCAUCAAGAAUACCAAAACAUGUGGAAAGAAUUAAUUUGGGAUUCAACAGCAUUCAUUCUAUUGGGGAAGAUUCAUUUGCAGGAUUAUCGAAACUAGAAUUACUUUUGAUCCAUAGUAAUGAUGUCCGCAAUGUUCCCAAUGGUGCUUUUAGAGAUCUGGUUUCUUUACAGGUGUUCAAAAUGAGCUACAACAAACUGAAAGCAAUUACCAGUCACACCCUCCAUGGUCUUUUGGGCCUGACAAGAUUACACAUUGACCAUAACCAAAUUGCAUUCAUACACCCCAAUGCCUUCAAUGGUUUAACUUCUUUGCGACUUCUUCAUUUAGAAGGAAACUUGCUACAACAGCUACAUGCCAAUACAUUUUGCACCUUCAAUUUCUUAGGUUAUUUCAGACAGUCUACAUUAAAACACCUUUAUUUAUCAGAUAACAUGAUUCGGUCACUACCUGCAGACAUGAUAAAAACAAUGCCCUUACUGGAAAACCUCUACCUUCAUGGAAACCCAUGGAUCUGUGAUUGUAACAUUAAGUGGUUACUUGACUGGGCUGAGCAAACGGAUGGCAUUAUGAAAUGUAAGAAAGAUAGAUCGUAUGAAAAUGGUCAACUGUGCCCUGCAUGCUCCUCUCCAAAGCAUCUACAGAAGUGGGAAAUCCAGAGUCUGAAAGAUGUUUCCUGUUCUAGACCUGUUAUAUACUCAGCACUUCGAGACAACAGUACUUAUGCCUACACAGAAGAAGAGAACGGGAAUGAUCCACCAGUAACAGAGUCUUAUCAUAACCUGCUAGGGAAAGUCAUAUUAAAUAUGACUGAUGAGCAUGGGAACAAAGUCAGUUUGGACUGUGAUAUGAUAAAACCAGGAGACUUCAGCAAAAUUAUUUGGAGUCAACAUCAUGCAGAGGAAAUCGAUAUCAAUGCCACAUUUAGUCUUGAUUUUGAAUGCCCAAUGAAUCGCGAAAACUACGAAAAAUUAUGGAAACUAAUAGCCUAUUAUAGUGAAGUACCUGUAAAGCUGGAAAGAGAAGUACAGUUUAGUGACAGUCCCAAAAUGACUUAUAGAUACAGACAAAAUGUAGACCAUGAUUCAUAUUAUUACACAGGUGUUAAAGCUCUAAUAUCAUCAGAGCCAUCUUGGAUAAUGCAAACAUCUGUCAACAUCCAGUUGAAUAGAAAAAUGAGCACAGCAAAGAAAGUCACUUUAUCUUUCUCCACACACUUUUCAGAGUCUAUACACACAAAGGGGAUACAGUAUCCUCAGAAUAAUUGGGUGUUGAUUGAGAAAAAUGAAAAAUUGAAGACAUCCUGCACUGCUGUUAAAGGAACUAUCUGUCAGCUUAACUGUCAUGUAAAGUCAUCGGAAACCCCCUCAAUAGAAUGGAGUCUUCCAGAUGGAACAAUACUCAAAGCUCCAUACAAUAGCCCGGGAAGCAGAUUUUCCAUAUCUCCCAGUGGGCAGUUAGUUAUAAAAGAAGUAGAUUUUCCUGAUUCUGGAUUGUAUUAUUGCAUUGCUCGAGUAAAGCAUGAAGUAGAUAUGCAGCUAUUUAGAGUCACAGUUCAAUCCCCAUCAAGUGAUGUAGCUGAAAGUCAUAUUCACGUUCUUACGAAAAAUGUAGGGGAUCCCAUAGCCUUGGCUUGCAAUGUAGUGGGUAAUCCAGAUGCUGACGUAAAUUGGAUUUUGCCUAGUAAUAAAAUUAUUGAUGCAUCAGUAAAUAAUACUGGUCUAUAUUUUUUAAAUAAUGGUUCCUUAGCAAUUAUGAAUAUGAAACCUAGUGACGGCGGCUUGUAUAGAUGCAUCGCUGUUAACCAACACGGGACAGAUCACUACAGUGUUCAAGUAGAAAUAAACAGAAAAGUGCCUUAUCAAAUAAUAAAAACAAAAAAACAGCCUUCUUUUAAAGUGCCAACAAAACCUAAGUAUAACAUCAUAGAUGAUGAUGGCGGCUCGGGGGAAAAGGAUACUCAAGAAGAGUCAGUUAAAUAUAAUGUCAAAAACAGGGGACACCUUGUAAAGAAAAUUGGUUCUGCUUCAACUAAUGUCCAUUCUAAGCAAAACAGAAAGGACAGGAGGAAAAUGAAACCAUGGAAGGGUACAGAAAGAUCCAAAGGGAGCAAUAUUGCAGAAGGUCGAAGGAAGUUUGAAUCAAGAAGAAGAAUUAAUAUGGGAAAUAAACAGAUUGAUCCAAAACAAUGGGCUAAUAUUCUAGCAAAGGUGAGAGGGAAAAAUCUUCAAAGAACAACAGAAAUUCCCCUUACCACACAAGCCACUCCCACCUCUGCAUUAGGGCAUAAACCUACACCCCCUUCUUCUAUUGCCAUGCCACCACCUGCAGAAGAACCGGAACCUUAUGUAGAAGAGACAUCCUCAGAUGAAGAUGAAUUAUUAUUUAUGACUUCUUCCCCACAAGUAACAAUAGCACAGAGUAACGUUGAUGAAACAUCUCCCUCUAACAGAAUUUUGACCAUAAUCAAAGAAGAAACAGAUAAUGAGAAAACAUUCAAAACAGAGUUAUCCACUCCAAACACAGAUCUGACAACUAUUGAGAAUUCUAAAGCAGGCAGUUUCACUUAUUCAACAAAUGAAAAUGUCAUUCUGGAAAGAGAUGAAAUUAACAGUAAUGCUCCAACGACAUAUAUCCAAAUGAUUGAAAAUGAAUAUAUAGUAGACAGUGUAACAGCCGACAACUAUGUUGAGGAGCAAUCAAAUAAAAAGACUGUGUUUGCAAGCGAGACCAGUUUGGAAGCAGAUUCAGAAAGCAGUACAGUGGAAAUGCUUAGUGUGGGAACUGAUGAUGUCAAAGAUCUUUCUACUGCUUCGGAUAUAACAGUGUCCCCACUGCUGCUUGGUGUGGAAAAGUCUACAGCAAUAAAAAGUGGUGACUCAUAUUUUCCAAAUGAACCAUCUCAGCUUCCUCUAACUGCUGAAAGUGAUCGUAGUCGUACUUCUGAAAACUUAUGGACAGAAAACAAUGAUAUUCUUACUACAAUCAACAGAGAAGUUCAAACCACUCCUGUGGCUGAGCAUGAACAGGCUCUUCAAACAGACAGCAUGACAUUUAUAUCUAAUGCUAUUACCCCAACACCAUCUGAUGACCAAUUGAACAUCUAUGCCUUGGUUCCUUCCCAAACAUUUAUUCCAUUAACCACUGACACUCCUGUAGAAAAUGUAAUUGAAGUAAGUUACACAAAGGACUAUGCUGGACAUAUAGGCAUUAUUUCCACAAAAAUAAGCAGUAAAAGUUCUAUUUCCCAGGAGCAGAGGAAUAAUAUUUAUAAAGCUGAGCCUACAAUUACAGCAACUAGAUCUACAGAAAAAACAAAAACAGAACAUCGAAUGAGGACUACUACAACAAUCCCUAAUGCUAUUAUUAGUGCAAUGCCUGAGAAAAGUAUGAUGAAUUUUAUAGUUCAGGGGUCAACAUUUAGAACAAAUUACCUAACAAGUCAGGCACAAAGCACAACUACAACAACAGUACGUACAAAUGGAAAUAUUAAUCUCCAUAGACGUCGACCAAAUGGGAGGAGAAGACUUCGACCAAAUCGGUUAAAAUUACGCCAGAAUCAGAUUGUUCCAACAGUACAAACUGUCUUAGACCGUUUUCUUCAAAAGCCUUUUACACCACCAACAAAACGACAGGACAUCUCUAAUGAAAGCAUAAUACCUACAGAGUUUAAAAAUGUUUACACAAACACUGUUCCAUCUUCUAGACCUGCAUCUAAUGCUGAAAUAUUUGGAUUGCCCAUUCCCACGCCAGUAACAACACCACAAAUAGUCAAGACCCAUAAGAUAGCUGAACAUGCGAAUGCAAAUAAUGUAUUUACCUUGCAUCCCAUUGUUACCACAAAUAGUAUACAAAAUGUCCAGACCUCAACAUUGGUUAGAAAAAAAGACAACAUACUGACCAGUCAUAUUAAAUUUCCCAAUACAAUGCAAGUAACUACAAAGGCGUCUCAGUAUGCAAGAUAUACAACUGUUCCAUAUACCAGCUCACAUAUACCAAUCGAGUCAUCUACAAAAAUGCAGUCAGAAUCUGAGUUGUUUCCAUUACCUGUUACAAAAGAACCUCCAAAAAUAACCACUACUGCUGGUACAACAGAACAUAGCUUUCAAUAUCUAGACAAUGUUCAGAGCAGCCCAGAGCAUCCUGAAUUUAUACCUUUAAUCACCGAUUCCUCUGUGUUUACCACUAUAAAACCUGUAGAAACCACAGUUCGAUAUGACACUCCAAUGCCUGAGAAGAAACAAAGAAAAUUUUCAGCCACAGUAUCUUCAAAAACAGAAAGGAAAACAGUAUCUUCAACAGUAUCUUCAUACAAAGGAACUAAGGAGAGUAUUACUAAGCCAUAUGUAAGAACUACGCAAAGUGUUCACAUUAAGUUUAUGCCUUUUACAGAGAAAGCUUUUAUUCCUACUGCUCAUUUCCAUUUGCCUACUGCCCAAGCUACAGCUUCCACAAGGACCAAAGAUCAUCAAAUCAUGGUUCCAACAGCACCAUCAAAAGUUAAAAUAGCACAAAUAAGCACCCCAUCUUCCACGCAAAAUGAACUGGACCAGCUUCUGCACAUUCAAUACAAAAUGCUUAUUCCACAAAUACAGGGACAAUUUAAGGACAAUUAUAUGGCAAUAUCAAACAACAGUGUUUUAUAUAAUACAAAAUUGCAUCAGUCACGCAUAAUACCUAAUAAUCAAAAUAAUGUGAACCCUCCAGUUAAUUAUGGUCCUGUACGUGGAACCAAGAGACCACCUUAUAUUGCCACGCAAGGACCAUUACGCUACUUUGUAACAAACCAACCAUUUGUGAUGACAAAUAAACCGGAAAUCACAGCAUAUACAGCACAAGGCAAUCAAGAGAAAAAAACAUUUACCCCUCAACAGGUGACCACAAAACUGGCGACAACAACCACAACAAUUGUACCAUUAUUUAGACCAAAGCCAAUGACUCCAAGCCGAUUUCAUCAAGGCCAGCGCACAUCACCCUAUUACAGACCUGCAGGGAAUACUCUCAAUAAUAAUGGCAAAGACUUAGUUGCAAGAAUUCCUUAUCAAGGAAAUCCAUAUUACUUAAAUUCAAGAUUCCAGUAUCGUUUUAACAGAAUAUCUGCUGCUACACUUAAACCUCCUAUAACUACCAAAUUGUUUGCAGAUGGUGCAAAUAAAAAAAACAGCUAUAUUUCAGCUGCCAAGACAACAGUAUCAAGUGCCAUAUUCAAAGCCACUGUUGCACCUUUGUCAGUGAUGCCUGUAACCAAGCCACCAACACAAAAACAAAUGCAGCUGACUACUCCUUCUCAUAUUGAACUUACUCAAGCACCCAAAUCCAGCUCCACUGUUCAGCUCAACAGGUACUUUAAUCACAUAAACAACAAGCCAUCGAUUGUCGAAGGAUCUAAGCUGACAAACCUCAAUGAAAUCCAAUCUUCAGUAACUCGAAGACCUCAAGGUAUCAAGCCACGGAUUGCAACCACUGGGCUGCAGUCAUUAUCUGUGCCCUUUGAAACAAAUGCAGUUAUACCAUGUGAAACCUUGGGUGAUCCUAAACCUUCCAUCACCUGGACAAAAGUUGCCACUGGAGCAGUAAUUUCAAAAAAUACAAGGAUGCAACGUUUUGAGGUCUUGGAAAACGGUACUCUCAGUAUUCAAAAACUUCAGUUACAGGACCAUGGACAGUAUUUGUGUACCGCGCAGAACCAGCAUGGCAUCGACAAGAUGUAUGUGACCUUGACUGUGGUGGUCCAACAGCCUAGAAUAUUAGGACCUCGUUAUAAGGAUGUUACUGUGUACAUUGGAGAUACAAUUUCAAUGGACUGUCCUGCAAGUGGUCUACCAUCUGCGCACAUUUCUUGGAUAUUCCCAGACAGAAAAAUAAUACGGACCAUAUCAGCUACAGAAAGUCGUAUUAGGCUUCAUGAAAAUGGGACAUUGACAAUUAAGGAAACAACCUUUACUGACAGAGGAAUUUUCAAAUGUGUUGCUAGCAAUGUGGCAGGAGCUGACAGUCUAACAGUAAGGCUUCACAUUGCUGCCUUGCCUCCAAUUAUUAAACAGGAAAAGGAAGAGAACAUUUCCCUUCCUCAUGGUAACAGUGUUUAUAUCCAUUGUUCUGCAAAAGGCGCUCCAUCUCCGAAUAUACGUUGGGCUCUUUUUGAUGGUACACAGGUUCGGACAUCCCAGUUUGUAAAUGGAAAUUUGUUUGUUUUCCCAAAUGGAACAUUGUAUAUUAGAAGCUUAUCACAGAAAAAUACCGGAAAAUAUGAGUGUAUUGCCACAAACAUUGUUGGAGCUGCCAGAAGGACAAUCAUGCUUGAUGUAAAAAAGUAUGCAACGAAUGCCAAGAUCACUGCAAGUUCCCCCCAAAAAACUGAUGUGACAUAUGGAAGUACUCUGCGCCUGGACUGCAGUGCAGCUGGUGAUCCAUGGCCAAGGAUAUUGUGGAGACUUCCCUCUAAACGAGUGGUGGAUUCAUUCUUCAGCUUUGACUCCAGAAUCAAAACAUACUCCAAUGGAACACUUCUUAUUUAUUCAGUUACUGAAAAAGAUGCCGGAGACUAUUUGUGCAUGGCACGGAACAAACUUGGAGAUGAUUACCUGGUUCUUAAAGUAAAUGUGAUGAUGAAACCUGCUAAAAUACAGUAUAAAAAUGAAGUAGACCACAAAGUUAUGUAUGGUGGAGAUCUAAAGGUUGAUUGUAUAGCUACUGGUGUGCCUAACCCUGAGAUUUCUUGGACUCUUCCUGAUGGAAGCAUGAUCAAUAACAUUAUGCAGUCAGAUGACGGUGGCUCCAGGACAAGAAGAUAUGUUGUAUUUAAUAAUGGAACCUUAUAUUUCAAUGAAGUAGGGAUGAAGGAAGAAGGGCACUAUACAUGUUAUGCUGUAAACCAAAUUGGACAAGAUGAGAUGCGUGUCAGUGUGAAGGUAGUAGCAGAAAAAGCAAUUAUUAAGAAUAAAACCUACUCUAUACUACAUGUGCCUUAUGGGGAUGUAGUCACAGUUUCAUGUAAAGCAAAGGGAGAACCUGUUCCCAAGAUCACUUGGCUCUCCCCUUCAAACAGACCAAUACCUUUGUUAUCAGACAAAUAUCAAAUUUACAGAGAUGGAACUCUUCUGAUUCAAAAAGCACAAAGAGCUGAUAGUGGAAACUAUACAUGUAUAGCACAGAAUACCGGCGGAGAAGACAAAAAGAUUGUGUGGAUCCAAGUUAAUGUUUUACCACCUACAAUAAAUGGUUUCUCAAAUCACACAACAACCAUAAAACAAAUAGCAAUGAGAGAUUCUCGACUUAUGCUAGACUGCAAAGCGGAAGGAGUCCCAACACCACGGGUCAUGUGGGCAUUUCCUGAAGGGGUGAUUCUUCCUGCUCCCUACUAUGGAAACAGAAUUACUGUGCACCGUAAUGGGACGCUUGAUAUCAAAGUUUUAAGGAAAACUGAUUCAGUACAGUUGACAUGCAUAGGCCGAAAUGAAGGUGGAGAGGCAAGAUUAACUGUACAUCUGACGGUUACUGAUCCAACAGAAAAGCCUAAAUUCAGUAUUGAACAUGAAAAUAUUGUUGUAAGUGAGGGACAAUCAGUAAGUUUAAAUUGCUCAUCCCAUGGAAUUCCAGUGCCAGAGAGAAUAUGGUUUCUUCCAAAUGGAACUGAAGUUCACAACAGUAAACAGCUUCACAGAUUAUACCAUAGGAAUGAUGGCACUCUGCUCGUUGGGUCCAUAGCAGUAUCUGAUGCAGGAACCUAUCGGUGCAGGGCUAUAAACAUUGCUGGAUUUGCAGACAAAUUUGUCACUUUACAGAUCGGCCGUAAACCACAAAUGAAGAAUAACUACAAUAAUUUAAUCAGCAUAAUUAAUGGCGAGACAUUACAACUUCAUUGUUCAACACAUGGAGAGUCCCAGCCUCAGAUUUCAUGGACACUGCCUAAUGGUGUGAUUCUUGAUGGUCCACAAACCAGAGGUCGCGUUUCCUUGUUAUGGAAUGGUACUCUUGUUGUGCGUGAUACAUCUGUGUACGACCGAGGAAGUUAUAUAUGUAAAGCAACAACGCAAUAUGGCUCAUCAACAAUGAAUGUUCCUGUGAUUGUCAUAGCUUACCCUCCACGCAUUACUACUAGCCCUGCUCCUGUUACUUAUGUAAGACCUGGAAGUUCUGUACAGUUAAACUGCAUGUCCAUUGGAAUACCAAAGCCAGACAUCACAUGGGAAUUACCUGAUAAAUCUGUUUUGACUGCCGUAGCUCAAUCCCGUUUAUAUAGAAACAAAUUCCUUCAUCCUCACGGGACACUGGUUAUUCAACACUCUUCAAAAAGAGACACAGGAUACUACAAAUGCACAGCUAAAAAUAUACUAGGGGCUGACACAAAGACAACUUAUGUACAUGUGUACUAAGACCUAUCAUUCUACAGGUAAAUGCCCAGGACGACUGCCAAACAAGUGCAAAUUAUACUGAAUUGUUAUUUGUAAAUGGUUUUGAUAGAUCUCAGAGGUGUCUCUCUGUCAUUGUGAUGAAUUGAUUCUGAGAGCUGUUUGGUAAUUGUAAUACCCUAUCCACAACUGAAAUUAAAAGACUAAAUUGAGUAGUAAGGACCAUGAAAUCCAGAUAAACCCAAAGGUAGUAAACACUGGGCCCAUCUGGUUAUGGUUAGUGAGUAAUACAAUGUAGUGUUGCCUUUUAUGCACCUUACUACCAAAGAAGUAUUAAUUCCACAAACAUCCUACAGUGAUAUUUUUUUUACUUGUAUAACGUAUUCAUUUUCCCUUAACUCUUAUAACGUCAUCCUUUUGGUGAUCUAGGAGGAUGAUAAAUGCAUUAUUUGUAGAGACAAAUAGGUAAAACACCUUUCUGUAUGAUAGCACUUUUGUUUUUAAUGAUCCUUUUAUGUACCAACAUAUACCUUGGAGUUAAUAUUUCAUCCUGUACCAUUUCAUUCCCACCUCUGAACUGGACUCUGAUAAACCUGUUGAUAUACAAAUAGAAAAAGAUCCCUUAACUGGUGCUUAAUGAAUAUGUUUUAUAUAUAUUAGUUAUCUUCUCAUGAGACGCAAAGUCGGUCUAUCAAUGUCUCAUUUUAUAAAUUAUUGGUCUUUAAAAGACUUUACGCAAAACUGUGUUUAUAUUAUUAAAUCAAUGUACUGUACAUUUUAUAAUAAAUAUUUUUUUCCCAACAA